AUGAUCAUACUGUCAGAAGAAAAUGCAGCGGACCAUGACUUACUCACAGAAAUUAAUCCGAAUCACCGAGCGAAAGAAUCCACAGUCAUUCAUUCCACGCAUCCUCAAAAACCAAACCUUCCGCUUGGAAAAGCUAUGCACCUCUUACUUAACGUCAAACCCCAAGUAUUUCAAUUGGCGGUCCAGAAACUCAACAAGAAUCCAUCUGAGACCUCAACCGAAUCUCCGGUGGCCAGUGCGCUGUUGUCUCUGGAAGACCAUAUCAGCAUCGGUCUACAAAGAUUCUCGGGUGUUGCAGAGCCAGCAUUAUCUCCUUUUCUUAAACGUAGUACAAUUACGGCAAAAAAUGAAAGCGACUCUGCUAUGCGUUUAGCAAGAUUUCUAUUGCUAGAGUCUCGGCACAGACUUGUAUUUUGUAGUUUGCUUGAAAAUGAACUCAAGUCAACCGAUAGAAGGUCUCAAUUGGCUACUGUACUAUUAUUGGAUUCAGUAGUCCAGACAUGGCCUGAUAUUGAUACCGUAUCAGAUAUCAACCCUGGUCUUAUAUAUUCAAUACAAGUAGUCGCAGACAUGUCGAGUAAUCUGACACGUGUAGCAUCUGCAUCAGGGUCUCAACCUACUCUUCUGGCAUGUACCGCAUGGGAUCUUGUUUGGACCUGUUCACGCUAUGUGGCUGCAACAUUGACAUCUAGCUUGGACCAAACGAAAUCUUCCGGAUCAACACAGUUACCUAAGAUUGUCCUUAUCGAGUCUACUUUUAUGAUCGAUAAAAAGAAAAAGGAUACUAUGGACACAUUGUGGAAGUAUAACGAAUCAUUGGUUAGCACCAUUAGAAUGUGGCAUACGACAAUGUACUUUACCCAACAUUUAGCCUGGCACCAAGUCUUGCUCUUUCUUUCAAAAGCACACACAUUAAUUCUCCGGGAGGAUCCAGACUCAGUAUUGGUCCAGAUGGCCAAGACUUGGGUCUUGAUGACAAGUGCUUUGAACACAAAGAACAUUCUUUCUGUAAAACCACUAUCACAAAAGAAAAAAGCCGCGAUACUAAGCUUAAAAAAAUCUGGAGUCGAGGCACAUAUUGAAGAUUAUGCAAAGAUGGUUUCUCUAGUAGCCGUACAAAAAGGAUUGUGGAAAAACAAACUUGGUAUUCAGACCAAUCCUGUCCCUUUUUCAGAUGAAGAGAAAGAAGAAGAAAAGCAGAUCAAGGCUAUGGUCACUAAUGUGUAUCCCUCAAAGAUAAACCAUAUACCUCUAAAUGAACCCUUUGAUGGACUCGGAAAUGAAAUAGCUGCAUGUCUAUUCUUGGUGAUGCCACACUUGGCCAAUCACACCAAAUUGACUGCAGGUGCACUCCGGAUCCUCUUGAGUCUAGAGUGGGACCUUGAGGGCUUGAUAAAUAUGGUUGACUAUGAGAGCAUAAUACACCAUUUGAAAUGUAUUGUUUACCAGCAACCAGAAGAAGCACUCUUAUAUUUAACUAAGGGCAUCGAUGAUUCCCAGGCACUUAAAUCAAGGUUCAUAAAGAGCGUAAUUGAAUCUGUAAUUGAUGGCGCAACACAAACAAAUAUCUCUGAGAUCAGUCAACCCCUGAUGAAUACUUUGCUUAUGUUCACAGCAACCACUCAUGUGGCGUGUGAACUUUUAAUCAAGUGUAUGGCAUUUUUAUACCUACCGGAACUAAUAGCAAGACUUAUGAAGAUGGCAUAUACUCUUGAUCCUCGUCAGAAUCAGGUCUCUAAAGGAUUAAUUGCUAAAGCUCUACUGAUAGAUAAAUGGGCUGGUGAGAGUAUUCUACUAUAUGUUGAUAUGAUCAGGCAGGGCGAAAAUACAAGAGAUUUCAAGUAUCGCAAGUCAUUUAGCACCAUAUUUCCCGGAUCGCAUUUUACGUGGCGCAGUACACCUGCCGAUAUUGAACCUACUCAAGCUCAUAUUCUACAAGAAAACAGUGCCAAUAAAUUGGAAGAUUCAGAUACCGACAAGUAUGUAAUGGAAUUUAUAUCAGUACUUGGCUUGUGGGGAGAAAAGGCUGCCCCUUGGGCAUUAGAAGCAGGCUUAAAGCAAAUGGUGCAUAAGACAUGCGGAUCUCCACUCGAUCAGACCAAUGUUCUUGUUUGGAAAACACUCUCGUUCGCCAUACUUGGCCAUCGAUCCUUAGUAUGGGUAGUGAUGCAGGAAUGCUCUGGUGUUAUGAAACUACAACGGAGGUGGAUAGAUGACUUACAGAAUGAUGCUACCACUGAUGACUUGUUUGAGAAAAAGCUCUAUGCUAUAUUGACACCCAUGAUUAUACUCCAGGCACUACAUCCAACUGUUUAUGAAUGCGUAAAUUUAAACAGACAAACUGCAGAAGAAAUGAAAACACAUCUAGUAAGAUGCGGUAAUAAUUUGGAUAAUUUCAAGGUGUCAGACGAUGAUGACUCGAAACACAGUCAGCUUUGUGCAGAGCUUCUAGACGCACUUUCUAUUAGAUUAAAACUAACUCCAGGAUUGUCUGCAAUUGAGAACCUCUCAAAGAUGCUUACAACCAAGAUUUUUGGAAAAGUAUCUUCAAUUCCAUGA